AUGAAUCUACUAGAGCUUCCACGCGAGAUUCGCGAUAACAUCUACACCCACCUCUUCGAACCCGAGGCCAACCGACGCACCACUUGUGACGGCCUCACAACAUACACAUACUCGCACAACAACCUCUUCUGUGUGAAUCGUCAAAUCUACCACGAAGCCCGCCGUAUCUUCCUCGAACAAAACACAUUCAUCAAAAUCUCCACGCCGUUUCCUGAGUCUAGGUAUCAGGUUGCCGACCAUGGCGUGCCUAUUGUUGCCUCGGAGGCUUGCGCGGACGACUUUUCCCAGCAUGGCUUGUCCGUGGCGAUAGCGUUUCCCUUGACGGCAGCAGAAGAACAAGAUACAUUCAUCAUACACAUCGACGACCUGCCGAAGUUCUGCGAGACUUGGUUCUAUUCGGCAGCCGACUAUCCAGACUUGAAUGGGCACCUGGCGCUGACACUCGAGUUGCGGAAUCCUUCAUCUAGCACGCCCUUGGACGGUGAUAGUAUACCUGCAGAGAAAAAAGUGCUCAAGGCAUUGCAAGAGAGGCUUCUAUAUCCUUUCGGCAGGAUCAAGAAUUUGUUGCGGGUGAAUGUUACAGGUGUCCCUAAACCCGACGAGGCUGUUGUUGCCGAAUUCAAGAGAUUGAUGGCUAUACCACUGGGCUCACCUCUCGAACGCCUCAUCCUCGCCACCGAACACAAAGACGCAGGAAACGUAGCCUUGAUGGCAAACCAACCCCUCGAAGCACUGGAACACUACCGUAAAGCCUGGGAGGCGAUGUUCAUCGUCGUAAACGGCAGAUCUCGCGAAAUUCAUGGUGAAAGAUACUUUGAGACUUUUCUUACUAGUCCGCCGUUUGAGGGCCAGCAUGGCAGUAUGGUGUCUGUUGUGUUGCGAGUAAGGCUUGUGGCUAAUACAUUACUUGCGUACCACAAACUUCGAGACCUCGAGACGGUGGUGCAUAUUGGCAUGCGCACGAUCAAUAUCAUGAGAGGAGGAAGGGAGAAUUUGGAACCUGAUGAAGAGGCUGCCAAUGGAUGGAUCGCUGGACCUGAGAUGGGAAAGAUCUACUACAGAACUGCUUUGGCGUUCAAAGAGAUGGAUGACAAGUAUGAGGCGAGGCAGUUGUUGAAAGUUGCGGUGUUAUAUCUGCCAAACGAACAGAGAGUUCGUGAGUUGGUCAGAGAGUGUGCAUUGAGGCUUGGAUGA